AUGGAAGAUUGUUUAUUUGAGAUUAAGGGAGCAGGUACCUAACAAACAAUUCAAAAGUAAAUGGGAAAUGACGCAUAGAGUGAUGAUCAAAAUAUUGUGAUUAAUGAUAAUGAUGAGUUGAUGCCUUUGUUUAAAGUGAAUGUGGACGAGGUUUAACGAAUUUUGGAGACAAUCAGGUCCAAUAUCGCCAAAAUUGAAGAACUAAAGAAGAGCUAUACAAGUGCAACUAGAUCAGAGGCUGAGAAAGAUGUAAGCACAAAGUUGGAGAGGAUUAUCUCAUAAAAUAAUCAAUAAUAAGAAAGAUUGAAGAAACUAAUGGAAUAAGUAGCUCAAGAUGUGGAAGAGGCGAAGGAGAAGGAUCCUGAUGAGCCUGAAACAAGAAUGAAGAUGGAUAUAUGGGCUGCAGUAAACUUGAAAGCUUAGGCUGUAUUGUAAGAGAGUCAAAAGGCUCAAUUAGAUUUCCAAAAUAGUAUGAGGAACAAAAUAAAGAGACAAGCAGGCUGUUUAGAUUCAAAUCUAAAUGAGAAUCAAAUUGAUGAAUUGUGUGAUGAUCCAAAUAAAAUGCAAGAACUACUACAAAAGAAAAUCUAUGGGUAAGCCUCGAUUCAAUUAUAAAACGCUGUUCAAGAUAUUCAGGAGAAAUAUCAAGACAUUGUUAAGCUAGAGAGAAGCGUUCAAUAGGUGUAUCAACUCUUAGUGGAUAUGGCAGUGUUGGUCAAGAACCAAGGGGAAUUGAUUGAUAAUAUAGAAUAAAACAUGGUAAAAGCAAGAGAUUACGUUAAAAAAGGAGAGGCUCAAUUGGUGAAGGCCAAGAAGGAUCACUAAGCUGCUAGAAAGAAAAUGUGCUGUAUCAUUAUGAUUGGACUGGUUUUAAUUUUGGUUAUUGUUGGUCCUAUUUUAGGAACUUCCUUAUGA